AUGGAAACCAAAGAGAUCAAUGCGGUUAUUGGACGAAAACCAAUGAACAAGCAACGCCAUCCAAAGCAUGUGAGUUUCAGAAGACGCUCUAAUUCUAACGAAAAGGAAGCUAGUAGAGAUAAGCCGAAUCGAAGAAAGCUUGUCAAGACGAAAAACCAGAUACAAAUCUCUGAGACGAAAGUUUCGAUGCAAGAAUGUCGUCGUUGCUGCUCAAGAUGCACGAACACUAUGAAAGUGCAUAUAAAUGGACAACCCGCUCGUCUACAGCUCGACACUGGCGCAGAUAUCACAAUGAUCUCUCGCAAAACAUGGAACAAAAUUGGUCUCCUGCCCUGA